AAUACGCUGCUCCGGUGCUCCCUGUCACAUUCGAUAACUGCCGUAGACCACAAACACUCCUGGAAUAUUCUUCUUCUUCAUAUUUUCUCUCUGGAUCUUCUCUCUGAAAAUUUCAUACCAUGAAACUGGACCAAGAACUCAAACAAGAAGGUGGUGACGUGUGCAGAACGAUCAAGUUCGUUGAGCCACUUCGCACGCUAUCAACAAUGGCUACCGGAAAAGUUGAUGCUACCGGCGAAGUGCUAUAUCCUCCUCUUAACUUCUCCAUGGUCGAUUAUGGAAUCUACCGUUCUAGUUUCCCGGAUUCCGCCAACUUCUCGUUCCUUAAAUCCCUUGACCUCCGCUCUAUCGUAUAUCUGUGUCCUGAGGCAUAUCCGGAGCAUAAUCUGGAGUUCCUGAAGUCAAAUCGGAUUCAAUUGUUUCAUUUUGGUAUUGAAGGCACUAAGGAAAGCUUCUAUGAUAUUCCUGAAGAUACCAUUCGAGAAGCCUUAAAAGUUGUCCUUGAUGUAAGAAAUCAUCCUUUGUUGAUUCAUUGUAAAAGAGGAAAGCAUCGAACGGGGUGCCUUGUGGGAUGUUUAAGAAAAAUGCAAAAAUGGAGUUUACUUUCUAUUUUUGAUGAGUACCAAAGGUUUGCGGCUGCUAAAGCAAGAGUAUCGGAUCAAAAGUUUAUGGAGUUGUUUGAUGCGUCUAGUUUGAACUUGAAGAGGUAAUUCAAAUUCCAAUUCCAAUUCCAAUUCCAAUUCCAUUCUGAAGUAAACUGGAAUAGGCCAUGAUUACCGGGAAUAUGUGUAGUAUGUUAGGAAUGAUGUUUUUUCCAUUCCUUGAGGAUUACAUGAAUAGAUUUUUCUUAGUUUAAUCCCAUAUGGCCUCGAGUAGUCUCUUUCAUGCAUUUGUUAAGAUGAUUUAUUGUUGUAACAUAUAUCUUAAGUUAUGAGAGUUAAAUAAUAUAAAGAAAUUUUACUUAAGAACA